AUGCGGAGCAUCCGCCGCGAGCUCCAGCGCAGGAGGCCCAAGCCCUUGGCGCCGACGAGGUCGGUCGCCAAGAAGCCGUCCGCGUCUCCGCCGCCGCGUCACGGCUCGAGCGACGCCAUCCGGGGUCCAUGCCCUCGUCCACCGCAUCGGGAGGUCCCAUCGUCGACCAACGGCCAUUCCCGAGGCUCCACCGUCACCGACGCGUCACCAGAGCCCCGGCCUCGCUCUUCGUCGCGCUGCACCCCCGCCUCCGCCGGGUCUGCGUUCCGAGCUACUCCCGCCGCCCCCGCACAGCUGAAGCCUGGGACGGUGGUUCGUGUCCGCACGAGGACUGCGACGCUGAAGACGGGGCAGGUUCUCGUGCUCUGCCUCAAAGCCACGAUCGUGUCGCCGUCCACCGACGGAGGCUACGAGGUUGUCUACGACGCCAACUUGCCACGCGGCGAUCCCAAGAGCACCGUCCACGUCGCGCCGGACCAGGUCAGGGCGAUCGAUCCGUCUCCGUCGCCGACAACUCCACCGCCGUCCCUGCCUCCGCCCACCGCCACUGUGGCCGCGACUACGAAGAAGGACAUGCCGAGGCCAACCACGGCAGGGAAGAGCCUGCGCCUCAUCCGCAGCCUCUUUCCGGAGAUGGAGCUUCCAGUCUGCGCUUGA